GCCCCAUCCCUUCGCCUUCCAAAAAGAUUGUCCCCCACGACGUGCCGUCCGCUGUUGCUAGGGAAGGCGCACGACGCGGCCUAUAACGACGGGGUCUCUCUCCGCGCCUGCGAGAGCCGAUGGCAGCCACCGCUAGUCCCACCGUCUUCCUUCUCAUGGUCAACGGGCAGAUCGAGAGCGCGCAGUUCCCAGAGUUUGACGACCUCUACUGCAAGUACUGCUUUGUGUAUGGCUAUGAUUGGGCUCCAACUUCAGGUUUGGAAGAAGGAAUCUCACAGAUCACUUCUAAAAACAGAGAUAUCCAGCAAGACCUGGUGUGGAAUUUUCCCAUUGACAUCACCUUCAAAAGCACUAAUCCUUUUGGCUGGCCUCAGAUAGUCAUAAGCGUGUAUGGCCCUGACCUUUUUGGGAAUGACGUAGUUCGAGGUUAUGGAGCUGUUCAUAUUCCUUUUACUCCUGGGAGGCACAGAAGGACCAUCCCAAUGUUUGUUCCAGAAUCUACAUCCAAGCUGCAGAAGUUUACAAGCUGGCUCAUGGGAAGACGUCCAGAGUUCACUGACCCCAAGGUGGUAGCACAAGGAGAAGGCCGCGAAGUGACCCGGGUGCGUUCGCAAGGGUUCGUCACUCUCUCCUUCAACGUGGUGACCAAGGACAUGAAGAAGCUGGGCUACGAUGUGAGCCCCAUUAGCAUGCCCAACCCCUCGCUAACAUCGGCGACGGAUGGAAUUCAUAAAUACUAAACACGAGGUUCUCAAACAGGCUGGUUUGAAAUCGCUUGGGAUGAUCUACUCCCCUGCAAGGUAUUUGACCUGGGAUCGCUCCAUAUGCUACCUCAGGCCUGUUAUAAUUGUAAUGGGGAUUACACAGGGGUGCUUAGGACCAUUUCAGAUAUCCCAUUACUAUAGGCUGUUUCUGUUCCCGCAAGCAAUAUUGGGGGGGGGGGUUAACCCAACCAUCCAUUUAUUUUGCCUGCAGGGGCAAAAUCUGCAGUGAGUCACAUUGCAGAGAGGCUUAAAACCAGCCCAGCACUGUGACCUUCCCACCCUCUUUAGCUUGAUCACAUGAAGAGCAGAGAGGGCAGUUUUCCUCUCCUCAGUAGAGCAGGGGUAGCUAACAUGGUGUCCCCUAGGUGCUGUUGAACUACCACUCCUAUCAUCCCUGACCAUUGGCUCUGCUGCCCAAGGCUGAUGGGAGCUGGAGUCCCACAUUGGCUACCCCUAAGGCAGAAUACUGACUAAGAGCCAUUCUACACCAAUGACGGUGGCAGAAAUCUAGACUGCGCCAUUUUAGACCACAGGUGAGGGUGGAUGACUCAUUUCUGUCUGCUCGUAUAAAGUUCCAUGCAUACAGAAAAGUAGCACAGUAGGAGACAAGGCUAUGGUCUUGUUUCUUAGGAGAGCAUUACUUGAAAAUGUACCUCCUCUCUGCCAGCUGCUUCAACAAUAAGCCAUUUGCAAGAGUUCCUAUGUCUAACUGGCAAAGAGUCCCAACACACAACUGUUUUCUUCAGGGGAACAUUCCUGUAUAUCCCGAAACAUGUCAUGGCACACACAGUCCCGGCACUAAUCCUGCAUAAUUCUUUGCCUGUGCUCAGACCCCUCCAUAAACAUUCAGAGCUUUAAAACAAUUUUAUAACUGUACUCCAUCAAGCAGGAUUGUUGGGGAGAGGAGAGAAACCGUCUUGUAGCCCUCCCUCCAGCACACCCUUUAUCCCAUUUCAGCAAAAUUGCAAGAGCAGGUUUAAAUUAGCCCUGUAAAGAGGCACAGUGCUGUUGUCCAGUGAACAUGUGGGUUUAAUAGCCACAAUGAAUGUGGGACUAGCAGAAAAGAGGAAGGGAACAGAAGACUAGCUGGGCGUAAGGAACAGUGUGCAUAUUAUUUGAAACUGGUUCGUUGUAAGAUAUUAAAAGAACAACACUACUUAUUUACAGAAGCAAUAGUGUGCUUUAUUAAAAUAAUGGCUUUGUUUAGCGUUUCUCUCACCAAACGUCGUGCUUUGUACAUUCCUACUGAUCUGUCCAGUGUACUUUGAAGGGUUGAGAGAGAACUCUUUUGCUUAUGCUGUUUUAUACAAUUACUUUUAAAUAAAAGAUUUUCCCAUU